AUGUCGGCUAUCAAAACAAUCAAUGACUCAGAAGCGUCCCAAAUUUUAUCACAGCUUCGAGAUCAAUCGCUCAGUUCAGGAACUGUCCGCCGACUAGUUGCGAAAUUGACCUCAACAUUAACAAAAUAUGUGUUAAAGAACCAUAAACCCGGGGAGAAGAUCGCAGUUAUUGUGGUAUUACGCUCUGGUUUGGCAAUGGCGGAUUCCUUCCUCGCGGCUCUACCAGAGGAUGCCGAUACAGUGACCUACCACCUUGGUUUAUUCCGGGAGAAACAAUCUCUUCGGCCCGUUGAAUAUUAUAACAAACUACCUCGAAAGAGCGAUAGAAUUAAACGAGCAUAUAUUCUCGAUCCAUUGGUUGCCACGGGUGGCACUGCGAGAGCAGCAAUUGAUAUUUUGAAGGACUGGGGUGUGGAAAAGAUCACACUAUUUUCUUUACUUGGCAGUGAGACGGGGAUCAAUAAUGUUGCUCAUGCUUGGCCAGAAGGGGCUGAAAUAUGUGUUGGAGCAAUUGAUAAGGAGCUUGAUGAUAAAGGAUAUGUCAAACCAGGACUGGGAGACAUCGGAGACCGGCUUUUUGGCACAGCUUUGGAAUAG